AGUCAGCGUUCCAGACUCCUGGUUGUAAUAAUAUUAUUUUACUGGCACCAUGUACACAACCACCAACUUCUGGGCUACAGUCAUCCUUUCGCUAUGUUUGAUUUUCAUCUCUUCAAGUCGUUAGGUAUGUAACGAGCGUGUCCCCAAGCAUGCAUUCACUCUCGAUAGUCUACAUAUAUGGCAACAUAAUUUCUCAAAGAACAGCCAAAUGCACGCGGCCUCUGCAGAGGCGCAACGGAAACACCCAACUCCAACGCCCGUGCGAUGCUAAUAAGCUUUGGUAUGUGUGUAGCCCUCUUUGUACAACGGCAAUCCCUACCGCAGGGUUCACCCGGCUUUGGGCACCACCAACACCCCGCAAUUUCAAAUUAUGAAAUCAAGAAUACAUGUGUCGGUACUGCGCCGUCGGACGGGUCUAACUCUGCCCAGCAACUUCACCCGUUUCUCCGAGAGACAGUACUGUUUGGUGUUUGCUGGCAUCUCUGCAAGCUAGGCUAUGCCUGCGCCCUAAGUAACACCGAAUGCGAUGAAACGCCAAGGAUAGAUAGAGCGUUCUGCGCAAGAUAUCGUGACCUCACGAGCUUUCUGUAGCCCACCACCCACACAAUCUUAGGUAUAGAGGCUUGAAAACCGCCCCCAAGCAGC